GCAGACCACUUCACAACUUGUGAUAACACUUUUAACUCGCCGUGUAGCACAGAACGUAAACCAGACAGCAGGUAUCGAAGCCGGCGAAAACUUCUGAAAAGACUAGAAACUAGAGCGUUUCAAUAAUGCCAGGGUCCGAAGCAUGGGGUGUCCCAGUGCUGGUUGGCACAGUGGUGGUGGGAGCCACAGCUGUCCUGGCCAAACUGUUCCUGUUUGGAGACAAGAAGAAGAAGGCUCCUGUUACACUGCAAGACCCUACCGUUAAAUACCCACUGAAACUUAUUGACAGAGAGGAGGUUAGUCAUGAUACAAGAAGGUUCAGAUUUGCUCUCCCCUCCAUGGAUCACAUCUUGGGCCUCCCGGUUGGUCAGCACAUCUACCUAUCUGCCAAGGUGGAUGGUCAGUUGGUGAUACGUCCAUACACACCUGUGUCCAGUGAUGAUGAUAAAGGCUUCAUGGACCUUGUAAUAAAGGUUUACUUCAAAAACGUGCAUGAGAAGUUCCCGGAUGGUGGUAAGAUGUCUCAGUACCUGAACGACAUGCAGAUUGGCGACUACAUUGAUGUCAGAGGACCCAGUGGCCUCCUGCAGUAUGAGGGCAAAGGAGUUUUCAGGAUCAAAGCUGACAAGAAGUCCGAGGCACGCACUGUGCAUGCCCGGCGGGUAGGCAUGAUAGCGGGCGGUACGGGUAUCACACCCAUGCUGCAGAUCAUCAGACAGGUGCUCAAGGACAGGGAGGACAGGACUGUGCUUCAUCUGCUGUUUGCUAAUCAGACAGAACAAGACAUUCUGUUGCGUCCGGAGCUGGAGGACCUGGAGCAGAGUUUCCCAGACAGAUUCAAGCUCUGGUACACACUGGAUAGACCCCCUGCAGACUGGAAGUACGGUUCUGGUUUCGUGAACUCUGCCAUGAUAUCCGAGCACCUGCCUGAUCCAGUGGAUGGCUCGAUAGUGCUGAUGUGUGGACCUCCACCCAUGAUCAACUUUGCCUGCCUGCCCAACCUGGACAAGCUGGGCUUUACAUCCGAUAUGAGAUUCUCGUUCUAGGGGCAGACAUGUGGCACCUCUGACACGAGAUUCAUGUUCUAGGGGCAAACAUGUGCCAUCUUUGAUAUGAGAUUCAUGUUCUAGGGGAAAACAUGUGCCACCUCUGAUAUGAGAUUCAUGUUUUAGGAGCAAACAUGUGUGAAUGUUAAUCCAAUGUAUUCUUGGACAAGCUUUUGAAAAUUUAAAAUAAAAAACGCUAUGUGAAUACCAAGUAAAAAUGAGGAUUCGGUUUGAAAAGUCUACAAUAAGUUGUAAGUUACUGUUAUUGGUUGAUGAAUAUUGGUAAUGGAAAUGAGUUUAUGGAAUUAAUCGUACCAGUGUAAGGAAUAUAUGUGUAUAUAUCAACUUGGCUUGGAAAUACAAGUAAACGAAGAAAAAAAAUUAAACAAACACAUAAACAUUAAUACAUGUAGUUAACGUCCUUUCUAUUUAGUUCAAUGAAUCAAAAUCAUAUAUUAUGAUUGUGUAGGAAACUGUAUAGAAUUGACUCCCCAUGUUUAUUAAAAUCUAGUAGUGCUUAAUUUUAUAAUUAUUCCAUUAAUUUUUUCAGUUAUUGCCUAAUACAAGUAUGAUGCAUGUUAAGAUUAUUAUGUGCUUGGUGUUACAGUACAAGAAUAACUUUUUAUUUAUGUGCCUGAGCCGGUUGUAAUUUAAGUGUCCUUGAACAAUAUUAAUGUUAUUCACUGUAACUUUUUGUAAAGUGCUUGUUCUGUCAAGAUUAGUGUAUGUUGUUCUUAAAUCUUGAAAAAAACAAACAUUUAAACAUAAAUUCUACUUUAUUAUAUUUUGUAAGUGAAACAACUUCGUGAUAAAACUGAAUAUUUGUAGCCAAAUGUUCAAAGUUACAUGUAACUACAAAUUAUUUUCUUAAAUUUAUUAAUUUGUAACAUUUACUUCAAUGUCUGUUCUUCAAUGUCUGUUCUGUAGCUUGUUGGCAUCACGCUCUAUUUAUAUAUUCAUAUCUUAGUUUUUGAUUUUUUAUUUGAUAUAAAAUUGUUAAUGGCGAGCUUAUGGGCAUUAAUAAAAUGCUUAACACAAUA